AUGGCUGCCCUCAACGGAGACAGCCAGACCACGACACGCUCUCGCUCCAAAGACAUGGCCUACAUCCUGUCCCGCGCCGGGGCCUGCACCGAUGCCAGCACAUUCACGCCGGGUCAGGCAGCUUUCGACUCGCUCAGCACGACCAAAGUCCUCGUCAUCGGCGCAGGCGGGUUAGGAUGUGAGAUUCUCAAGAACCUGGCCUUGUCGGGCUUCAAGAGCAUCGACGUGAUUGAUAUGGACACCAUCGACGUCUCCAACCUCAACCGCCAGUUCCUCUUCCGACAGAGCGACGUCGGUCAGCCCAAGGCCACGGUGGCAGCCAACUUCGUCAUGAAGCGCGUGCCGGGCUGUCAGAUCAAUGCGUACGUCGGCAAGAUACAGGACAAGGACGAGAGCUACUACAUGCAGUUCAACAUGCUCAUUUGCGGUCUCGACUCGGUCGAAGCACGACGCUGGAUCAAUGCUACGCUGGUGGGCAUGGUCGAUGAACAGAACCAGGAGAGUCUCAAGCCGUUGAUCGAUGGCGGCACAGAAGGCUUCAAGGGACAGUCGCGCGUCAUCCUUCCAACCAUGACCUCCUGUAUCGAAUGCCAGCUCGACAUGCACGCGCCUCGCGCCGCCGUGCCUCUCUGCACACUCGCUACUAUCCCACGCCAGCCACAACACUGCAUCGAAUGGGCUCACAUCAUCAAGUGGGAGGAGGAGCGCAAGGGCGUCACACUGGAUACAGACGAUCCAGAGCACAUCACGUGGCUAUACCAGACCGCCCUCAAGCGGGCACAAGAGUUUGGGAUCCAGGGCGUCACGUACACCAUGACACAAGGUGUCGUGAAGAACAUCAUCCCCGCCAUCGCCUCCACCAACGCCAUUAUUGCCGCCUCGAGCUGUAAUGAGGCCUUCAAGAUCGCUACCAAUUCGGCGCCCUUCCUGGCAAAUCCGAUGAACAUUCCGACUGGUGUUGAUCCUGAUGACUACAUGGCCGAUAUGGAUGGUGAAUUCAUGCCAGCGCCGGACAAUUACAUGCUGUACACUGGCGAUAACAGCGUCUACACCUACACGUUCGGACACAAGAGGAAACCGGAUUGCCCAGUGUGUGGCAACCUUCCGAAGGAUCUUUCAGUCAGUGGCGAUACCACGCUGGGUGAGCUUGUGGAGAGCUUCGCAGAGCGUCCAGACGCUCAGCUGAAGAAGCCAAACCUCAGAACAGGCGAGAAAUCGCUCUUCUACUCCUCACCAGAAAGCUUACGUCAGCAAACUGAGGGUAACCUGAAAUUGAAGUUGAAAGACCUCAUCGAAGACGGUGAGAUCGUGGCGAUUAGCGACCCCGCUUUCUCCAUCGACUUCAACUACCGCCUGAGCCUGACCUAG